ACCUACUUUAAUGGCCUCCUCCGUGUGAAGAUCAGUUCUUCAACGUGUGGUUGUGUUUUCCAACACACAACCUGGUUAGUUUCGUGAAUUAAGACAAUUACGUUUAAAAAACAAAAAAAAAUAUAAAAACUAAAACCCCCAAAAAAAUAGUAAAACAUAAAAAGUAUAAAAUAUCUUAGUUUUGUUUUAAAAAGUGGUUUACAUCUGCAACGUGGGCAGUGAAUUUUCUCAUAUUGGUCUGUAGUAGUGAAUUAUUCUGUUUAUUGUAUUAUCUUGUGCUCAGUUAUAAUCAGUGAAAAUGAAUCCUGGUCCUGGAGGUCCGAACUAUCCCAUGGCAUCUUUGUAUGUCGGGGAUUUGCAUAGUGAUGUCACCGAGGCUAUGCUGUUCGAAAAAUUUUCCACCGCAGGACCUGUCCUUUCAAUAAGGGUUUGUCGUGAUAUGAUCACCAGAAGAUCCUUAGGAUAUGCCUAUGUCAACUUUCAACAACCUGCUGAUGCUGAGAGGGCUCUUGAUACUAUGAACUUUGAUCUACUGAAGGGUCGUCCAAUAAGAAUUAUGUGGUCUCAGCGGGACCCAUCACUGCGCAAAUCUGGUGUUGGUAAUGUUUUCAUCAAGAACUUGGAUAAGAGCAUUGACAACAAGGCUAUGUACGAUACAUUUUCGGCCUUCGGAAAUAUACUUAGCUGUAAGGUGGCUCAAGACGAAACCGGGGCUUCAAAAGGAUAUGGCUUUGUCCACUUCGAAACUGAAGAAGCUGCAAACAAGUCCAUUGACAAAGUGAACGGAAUGUUGUUGAACGGAAAGAAGGUUUUCGUUGGUAAGUUCAUCCCCCGCAAGGAGCGUGAGAAGGAGUUGGGAGAGAAAGCCAAGCUUUUCACCAACGUUUACAUCAAGAACUUUGGGGAGGAAAUGACCGACGAAAUGCUGAAGGAGAUGUUUGAGAAGUACGGAACCAUCACUUCUCACAAGGUUAUGUUCAAAGACGAUGGAAAGUCACGUGGAUUUGGAUUUGUGGCAUUCGAAGAUCCUGAAGCGGCCGAGAGCGCUGUUGAGGACCUUCAUGGCAAGGAGGUUUACGAAGGGAAGGUGUUGUACGUAGGCCGUGCUCAAAAGAAAGCAGAACGCCAACAGGAACUCAAGCGCAAGUUUGAGAUUCUCAAGAUGGAACGCAUGACCCGCUACCAAGGAGUCAACUUGUAUGUCAAAAACUUGGACGAUACUAUUGAUGAUGAGCGCCUCCGUAAAGAGUUUACACCGUUUGGUACCAUCACGAGUGCAAAGGUGAUGUUGGAAGAGGGCCGCAGUAAGGGCUUUGGUUUUGUGUGCUUUUCUUCGCCGGAAGAGGCUACAAAGGCGGUCACUGAGAUGAACGGCCGCAUAGUUGGGUCCAAGCCACUCUACGUUGCUUUGGCCCAGCGCAAAGAAGAUCGUAAGGCACACUUGGCCAGCCAGUACAUGCAGCGAGUGGCCAACAUGCGCAUGCAGCAGAUGGGGCAGAUGUUCCAACCAGGUGGUGCUGGAGGCUACUUUGUACCCACACUGCCCACACCCCAGCGCUUCUACGGCCCGGCUCAGAUGACUCAGAUGCGACCCCAGCCACGUUGGCCAAACCAACCUACCAUCCGACCCAACGCCCAGACCCCUGGCACUGGUUUCCCAGCGAUGCAGGGGCCGUACCGUGCUGCCCCAAGGGCUCCGACGGCUACCCAGCCAUCAAUGCGCAACGCCAUCGCAGCACGCCCCAUCACCGGACAACAGCCGGGCAUACAGGGUCGUGGAGGACCAAUCACAGGCACUCAACCAGUGUCAGUGUCAGCCCAGGGACGCACGGCCAACUACAAGUACACUCCCAACAUGCGCAACCCUCCUCAGGCCAUGCCUGUUGCCCAACAGGCCCAAGUACAACAGGCUGUCCACAUCCAAGGCCAGGAGCCUUUAACUGCCACUAUGCUGGCGGCAGCUCUUCCGCAAGAUCAGAAACAGAUGUUGGGCGAACGUCUCUUCCCAUUGAUUCAGCGUAUGUACCCAGACUUGGCAGGAAAGAUCACCGGAAUGUUGCUUGAGAUUGACAACUCAGAGUUGCUGCACAUGUUGGAGCACAACGAGUCUCUCAAGGCCAAGGUGGAAGAGGCAGUCGCUGUACUUCAAGCUCACCAGGCCAAACAAGCUGCCCAAGUUAAGAAAGAAUAAAAUCAAGCAGAAACCACUUGAACGGGAAUGUCUUGAAACUUUAUAAUCUUAUUACGUUCAAUCAUUUAUCAAACUUUAGUUUGUGUAUUUUGUUUUUCUUUAUUUUCUUUUGUUCGAUGUAAUCUUUCCCCUCUUUUUAAUUUUAAUGGUUUUUUGGGGAAUUUGAAUAUAAUAAAGCAUAAAAUGUA